AUGCCGGAGCUGGUUGGCCACGUAGAACCGGAUCCAAACGAACAUGUAACUGCGUACUCUCGACUUCUUGAACUCUGGCCUGGCGAGGGCGCCAACCCGUUUUUAUGCACCCUUCGAAAUGUGGAUAUAGAACAUCCUCCUGUUCCAUUUGAAGCGCUAUCCUAUGUCUGGGGGCGGGAGAAAAGCGACAACGUCCUGCUUUGUGCAGACAACCAAGGGAAUAUACACGGGCAGCUGGAACUCACUAGAAAUCUGGAGCAAGUGUUACGAGCCUUACGACAACCGAACCAGCGCAGGAUUCUCUGGAUCGAUGCCAUUUGUAUCCGACAGGAUGACAACGCCGAGCGAUCCCGUCAGGUAUCCUAUAUGCGAUCGGUGUAUAAUAACGCGUCGCGGGUGAUCGUCUGGCUUGGUGGAAAAGAUGCAACGGUCCGGCGUGCGUUCGAAUUCGCUCAGGAACUCGUCGCCAUGGGUGCCGCAGUCCUGCAGGUAACCAUUCCACAGGGCUCUCAGUCGACACAACAAGCCCAGACAGAACGGUUGCACCGCGAAGGCCUUGUAAUAAACGCCAUGAAAGAGCGCCCGGAAGAUUCCGGAGCAUUAAAUGCGCUGCUUACGAAGGAGUACUUCGAGCGCGUUUGGUGCAUCCAGGAAGUUUCUGCUGCAAAAGACUGCAUUGCGAAAUGCGAAGACCUUGAGAUCGAUUUUGACAUUCUCCUUGCCGUCGUACCAUUCCUCCUUAUAUAUGGAGGUCUCACUCCUGUCGUAUCAGGCCUAAGCAUGUGGCAAGCUAUGGCAAUCAUCAAGGGACAAGAGCACGAUCAAUCGAAUCCACUGACGCCGACUGGUUCGCUCGGCCCGAUAUUGCGAGUCCUCAUGUCGAUUCGAAACUUCAAGGCCACAAAUCCAGCAGAUCGGAUUUAUGCGCUCCUAGGCUGCACUGACGAGGGACUAGAACCGAUCUUAGGGAGCUUGAAUACUUUCGGAGGGAACAAAAGAAGCCCCACAUUGGCACUGAUGCAGAGAGGCUUGAUUUGGCUGGCAAAGAAAGUGGAGGGCCAGCGGCGACCUGAUGAGAAGUUCCUUCGACAUUGGGCACUGAGGCCAGAUUAUGAUAAGAGCGUGCGCGAUGUCUACCGCGACUUUACAAGAUAUUGCAUCCGCAGGAGUCCUCGGAUUUUGGAUGCUCUCUCCCACGUACAGCAUCACUCCGACCCGCCCGGACAGGAUGAGUUUCCAACUUGGGUUCCCAAGUUCUACGAGCCUCGCAACGCUUCUUCGUUUGUCUUGGAAGUGUACAUGGCCGGAGUGCCGCCGGAAGGGCACUAUCGUUACUUUGCGCAUUUGCAGGACAACCCGUUGGUGCAAAGUUCAAUCAAAGAACCGAACAUCUUGCAAGCUGACGGCUUCCGGGUCGAUGUUGUCGCUGCUGUUUCCGAGACUAUCACACAAGGCGAUGGUGGAACAAUCUCACCCCAGACCAUCUGGGACCAACUAUUCACAAUCCCAAUUUCCCCAAGACCCUACGUCCAAUACGGGUUUGGGGCCGAGGCCUUAGACGUAGCUUUUUUGAUGACGUUGCUUGCAGGUGGGGCGGUUAAUGCGCUCGUUAUCGGGUUCGAAAGCGCUCCGACGAAAAGAUCCGAAGCAGUGGAGCAAUUCACGAGGCAAGCGAAGUGUGAUGUGUGCCAGUGGCUAGAGGGCGAGCCUGGCUUCGAUCCAGAGGCCUAUUCGGACCUUCUACGUGAUUCCCAGGGCGCAAAUCGUGCGCAGGGGCGUUCUCGUUUUGAAAAAUGCUGUGUUAUGUACUCACUUAACCGGAGAUUAUAUCGCACUCGAUCUGGAAUGUUGGGUCUGGGUCCGAUGGUCACCAGGCCUGGUGAUGUUGUAGUUGUUCUCUUCGGCGGCAAAUACCCUUUUUUGCUCAGACAGCUUGCUCUUGAAUGGCUAUUCGUGGGGGAGACAUAUGUGCGAAAUGACAAUAUUAUGCUUGGCGAAGCAGUGACCGAGGUACGUUCGGCAAGAGGAAGACAAAGAGUGGAGACAUUCCGCAUUCGGUAG